AAGUGCCAGCAUUCUCAUGGUGGACCAGUCAUUGCUGCAUGCUAACUCUCUCACACUUUAGCCAAGCCCACAUAUCGAAGCCACCGUCAACAGGAAAAUACUAAUGGGAAGAUGGUGGAACUACAUGUUUUGUUUGAAUCAGAUGGCGCGUCGAGUGGAGAUGAGAAGGAUUGAAAUCAGUGGCGAAUACGAAAGGAAAUAAGUGAAGUAAAGUGGUAGUUGAAGUUGGUAAAUCUAAGCCUAGUUCUUAUAUUUUUUUGGGUGAGAGUGAGGGUUUUGAAUUGAUGGAGUUACCUGGGAGAUUAAUUUUAAGUCUGAAAAUCGUGAAUGCGUUGGAGAAGUAGGUGGCGGCAAUACACAGUAGGUUGUAGUCUGUCAUUAAACCUCAAAAAAGAAGAAGAAGAAUCCACACCCACUAACAAGCCAACGCAGCCGGUUCGAACACUCCUAGCAGCAGAAGUGCACAUUUUCCAUAUCGAUUUCAAGGAAGUUUCCACAACGUCUCACAUAAUGAGAGGCGAGAGGGGUCGAGGCCGUGGUGGCCGUUUUGGGGUUCGGGGGGGAGGACCUGUGCCAGGAUUUCGCCCAUUUGUCCCUCACAUCCCCUUUGACCUCUACGUGUGUGAAAUAGCCUUCCCUCGUCUGAAGCCUGCCCCUGAUGAGACAGCCUUCAGUGAGGCUCUACUGAAGAGGAACCAGGACCUUGGCCCCACCUCUGUUGAACAGUCAUCCAUCUUGUCACUGGUCACCAAAAUUACCAACGUCAUUGACAACUUCAUCGUUUCAGCUGGGGCUGAUGAAGUGGAAAUUGAGGAAAUGAGACAGGUAGGCUCCUACAAGAAAGGCACCAUGACAACAGGACACAAUGUUGCAGACCUUGCUGUCAUUCUGAAGAUAUUGCCUUCUGUGGAGACAGUGACCGCUCUGGGAACCAAGGUGGUGGAGACCCUACGCACACAGGACCCUUCGGAAGUACUCUCCAUGCUGCCCAACGAGACGGGCUUUGAGAUCAGUUCGGCCGACGCCACCGUGAAGAUCCUCAUUGCCACCGUGCCCCACAACAUGCGCAAGCUGGAGCCUGAUGUGCACAUCGAUAUGAAGCUCCUGCAGAACUCCCUGGCUGCUGUUCGCCACGCUCGCUGGUUUGAAGAAAAUGCCUCCCACUCCACGGUGAAGGUCCUGGUCCGUUUGCUGAAGGACCUGAGGAUCCGCUUCCCAGGGUUUGAACCCCUUACCCCCUGGAUGUUGGACUUACUGGGUCACUCUGCAGUCAUGAACAACCCCAGCAGACAGCCGCUAGCCCUCAAUGUGGCCUUCAGGCGGAGCUUGCAGAUGCUGUCAUCAGGACUUUUCUUGCCUGGUUCAGCUGGAAUUGCAGACCCCUGUGAGAAUGGACACUACCGUGUAUUCACUGUCAUGAACCUGGAGCAACAGGACAUGGUGUGCCUCACUGCUCAGACCCUGGUGAGGUUGCUGUCUCAUGGCGGCUACAUGAAGAUUCUGGGUCUGGAUGGAGACGCUAGCCAUCUAGUGGUGGAGACAUCCACGUGGGAUGGAGUGACAGUGAAGCCUUCUGAGAAGGCAUAUGAGAAGAUGCCGGAGGUGGAAUUGGAGGUGGAUGAUGAUGAUGAUGAUGAUGAUGAUGCAGAAAUGGAGAGCAUGGAUACUAAAGAGGUCAUGGACACUAAAGAGUGAUUGUGGUGACAGACUUUUUCAGUUUGUCAUUCAACUGUUUUGAAUGGUCCCAUUCUGAGGGAUGGAGAUUAAUUUUUUUCUUUUUGUACUGUCUCCUACCCGCGCCUAGUUUAAGGGCAUGUUUUGUUUUCAGACAACCCUGAUACUAGGGACACAAGGUGUGGCUUCCAAUGUUUUUUAUGUUUCAGUUUAUAUCAAGUCUAAACAGAAAUUUAACUAUUUUCUCUUGGCUUAUUGUAUGGCAAAGAUUUUGAUUAAAAAAAAAAAACUUUUAUUGAAAAUUCUGAUUUCUAUGGUCCACUCCCAAUUGAUGGUGCUCCAGUGUACAGUUUCUCACAGAGCUGGCUGUCAAAAAUGGGUAGAUCAUGUCAUUUUGGUGGUGUCUGAAGUUACUGAGCAGCCAGUGGAGACGUGUCUCUGUUUAUAAUGUCAUCUGGACUAUUACAUACAGCGGUGUUGUCAGUAAUAACUGGGCUUUAAUCAAUGAACCCAAUUACGGAGUCCUUUGACGGCAGACCUGGAAAAAGUCAUAAUCGUUAGAGGAGCUGUGAAGGGAGGGGGAGGCUGCUAGCGCUCCGCAAUUAAAACCCAAGGCUGGCUUAUUGAGGUUUUCUCUGGCUAGACGGAGAUCUUGAUCGAGCCAUGGCUGAUAGAAUAUCAUCUAUUUUGUUUUUGAUAUAAGUGCAAAAAAUACUAUGCUAUUGGCCCUUAAAUUCAAGGAUUUAUUCUGCCCCGCACAGUGAACAGGGCUUUUUCAAUGUGUUAACCUUUUCUUGAAUAAUAAAGCUGAAUAAACAUGCCGUAGUUAUUGUUGAUUCUCCAGCUGACUAACCACAUCCCCCUUCAAAGGAAUGUUGCAACUGGUAUUGGAGUACUUGUCUUCAGAUGGCAGAGGUUUCAAUUUUUGCAUCCUUCUGAGUGUUCCAACCAUUCUGAGAAAAAAAUACUGUUGUGUCAAUAACAAAAGUGCUUGCUAUUGUUUUCAAAAGUUUUUUUUCUUUCUCGUCAGUGGUACAAAUUGUUAAUAAUUGUCUCUUGGACCUUGACAAUGGUUAGCUUUUCAUUGGGUUGUUGAUUUGCAGUAUCUGUCUACCUGUAUACUGGUUGAAAAUGGCAGAUUUGGACACAAGUAUCUAAAUUGGACCCCUCUACAGUAACAUGCUAUACAUGAGAUCAGAGCUCUGGGUCUGCGCUUCACAGCUCCGUAUGGGUUUUGACACAGCCGUUCUGAACUUGCACCGCGUAGGACAAGAAGGUGCCCCAUCCCUCCCCCAAAUUGGGCAUCUUUAAAAUUAUAUAUUUUUUUGCUGUAAAUUAGGAUUACUGGUACUCUGUAUUUCAAAGAUGAGACGAUGAGGGUAAUAAAUACAACUUUGUCAUACAAGGAAGCCAAACACCGGUGAGUACAAAUGGGUACUUCACAUUACCAUAUGAAACUUGUAAUAUAGUGUCAACGUUUAUAAUCACUGUUUGAUGUACAGUUACUAGAUGUUAUGGUGUUAUACCCUGGGUUGUACUGAACAUAAUGAGACCAUGUUUGUUGUAUUGUGAAGAUUUGCAGUCUACCACACAUCUGAAUGCACUCAUGACUCCAUUCCAUGCUCACCAAUUAUGACCUGCUUUGAAUUGUCUUGAAAGCCUAGCACUGUAAGAUCAUAUUUUAUCUUUUUGCUGUUGGCAAUAGAAUAAGCUUUUAAAUUAUACCCACCUGACCCAGAUUGUGAUUUAUAAUGGGCUGUUUUUUGAUUGUGUAAAGGCGGGAAUGCAGGGCUGUGUUCCAAACAAGUGUUCCUGCUCUAGUUCCUCAAUGGCAGAGCUAGGAGACUCAAAUCACCUUAUAGUUGAAGACUCGUCUUUUAGUCAUAAGUGUAUUGAAAUUACUUAGGAACUGUGCACACUUUGUAGAGGUGUGGCCAGUUGGAGACACCAGUUAGUCCUCUCACUCAAACCCAUAUUUGUUUUAUGUUGCACCUACCCCAAAUUUUCCAAGAAUUUUCUUAUGUUACUGAAUGUAUCCAGUGUAUUUUUUUUUUAGAUAUCAUUACCAACAAAUGAGGCAAAGUACAGUAAAGGUAAAAUGCACAUAAAAUCAACUAAUGUUUGCAUUGUCAGGU